CAAACUCAAUCUAUCAGCUUCCAUAUCUUUCUCACAUAGAAUGACUUCUUCCAUUCAGAACUCUAACUUUCCAUACUUUCCUCUACCACCACCUCAUUAUCCUCAUUUUCCUCCACCCCAUAACACUCCAUCCCCUCCAAACGUUGCGCCACCUCAUAACACUCCGUCCCCUCCAAAUGUUGCGCCACCUCAUAACACUCCAUCCCCUCCACAAGUGCCACCAGGCAGUAAUAGUCCACCUCCAAAAGUAGCUCCACCGCAUAAUCCUACUACAUCACCGCCACCAUUUCCCGUGCCAGCGGCACCACAACCUCCAGCAGCAAAACCACCCCCAUCACCCAUUGUAAGACCGCCACCUCAUCCUCUUCCUCCACCAUCACCAUCUCAUACCCUACCUCCGCCGUUGCCACCUCAUAUUGUUCCACCACCUCCACCAACGCCAGGACACCAUUCAACCGUUAUAGUUAUUGUCUUUGUCUCACUUGGAGGCCUAUUUUUCCUUGCAUUUCUCUCAGUUGCCUUAUGCUGCUUUAUUAAAAAGAAAAAGAAGAGGAUGGUUAAAAAGACUGAAAUCAUAAGCAUUGAUGAACAUAUGAAAGUCCAAGAAGCUGUUGUACCAGGCCCACAUGGAGAACAGACCACAGUGUUAACCAUUGAAGAAGAUGUCCAUGUUGAGGAAGAGAUCAAGAAAAACAGUAUUGUGAAAGGCUCCCACAAUAAGAGUUCACAGGAUCCUCAACCUUUUGAUGUGGCAGCUUUGUCUUUGGGGUCCAGUCAUCAACAUCUUGAGCACAAGGCCUAACAGAAAUGAUGUACAUGACAUGCAUAAGCGGCAAAGAGAUCAUUUAUUUUCAAUAAACUUGCUGUGAUAAUACACGAACGUUUGUUAUUUUUACCAUAACUGUAAAAGUAUUUUGUUGGAAAUAAAAACUGCAAAGUUAUUGGUUA